AUGGGUUUGUUGCAUGCUUUGUUUAAUAAAAUUGCGUAUCAACCUCCGGAGAAUCCAAGCUACACUCUGGAAGAAGAGAACGAGAAGCUAAAGCUGAAGUUGGCCUUGUUCAGAGAUAACCCCCCUUGGUACCACCAAGAAUGUCCAGAUAAUGUGGAAGUCGACAAGAUCAGGACGAAGAGAGGCAAUGAUAUUGUGACGGUGUAUGUUAACAACCCCUCGGCCUCCUUGACUCUUCUAUACUCACACAGUAAUGCACAAGAUUUGGGUCUUCUAAUAAGGAUCAAAUGCUUGGAGAAGCUCAGUGAUGACCUCGGAGUCAAUAUAAUGACGUAUGAUUACUCCGGUUACGGCCAGUCAACUGGGAAGCCAAGUGAGAAGAACAGCUAUGCCGACAUAGAAGCUGCGUAUGGAUGCCUUGUGGAGAAGUACGGUGCAAAGGAGGAAGAUGUAAUCUUAUAUGGAUGCUCCAUCGGUGCUGGACCGACGACAGACCUAGCAACCCGGUUGCCGAAACUGAGGGGUGUGGUUCUUGAAGGUGCAUUCACAUCUAUCUUUCGGUUAGUAAACUUGCAUAAAAUUUGUGGUCUAGGGUUGAAGAAAGGAUCGCAUUCGUUUGACAUAUAUAACAAUCUUGAGAAAAUACCUUUAGUUUGUUGCCCCGUGCUGGUGAUUCAUGGCACGAAUGAUGAACUAGUGGACUUGUCGCAUGGCCAGCAGCUUUGGAGUCAGUCGAAGUGCAAGUAUGAACCAUUAUGGAUAGAAGAAGGGAGCCACUUGAACAACUAUUCCCGAUACAAGGAGCAUUUGAAGAAGUUUGUAUCGGACAUGGAAAUAAGAAAUAACCAGAGCAUUGAUCAUGAAGAGAAGUCGAGGGCCAAGUCUGAAGAUAUUUUAUGUAAAUCAGCUGGGGAGGAGCAAGCAAGGAAUGGCAAUGCAAAGAGCUUCAGAUCAGUUAGAUUAUUGAAUUGUUUUAAGACAAAACUAGAGCAGACUUCUCAUAAAUAA